AUGUCGGAUGACAGGAUGUUGGGAAACUCGACUCUUUGGUCGGCGACGCCAAUGUUCCCGCCAGAGAACUCCUCCUUUAACUCCUCCCUCCCUCCGUCAUUCACGGACUGGGAGGCACCCACCUUCACCGCCGCUGCCCGCGUCCGUGUGGCCGCCACUAUGGUCCUCUUCGUGUUCGCUGCCUUCUCCAACCUCUCCGUGCUGAUUAGCGUGGCACGGGGCCGCGGGCGCCGCCUGGCCGCCCAUCUCCGGCCACUCAUUGCCAGCCUGGCCUCUGCAGACCUGGUGAUGACGUUCGUGGUAAUGCCGCUGGACGCGGUGUGGAACGUCACCGUGCAGUGGUAUGCCGGUGAUACCAUGUGCAAGCUGCUGUGCUUCCUCAAACUGUUUGCCAUGCACUCGUCUGCCUUCAUCCUGGUGGUGGUCAGCCUGGACCGCCACCAUGCUAUCCUGCACCCGUUGGACACGCUGGACGCUGGGCGAAGGAACAAGAGGAUGCUGCUCGUUGCCUGGGUCCUCAGCCUGCUCCUGGCCUCCCCACAGCUGUUCAUUUUUCGAGCAAUCAAAGCCGAGGGAGUGGAAUUCACUCAGUGUGUGACGCAUGGAAGCUUCCACCAUCGCUGGCAAGAGACGGUCUACAACAUGUUCCACUUUGUCACGCUUUAUGUGUUCCCCCUGUUAGUAAUGAGCUUCUGCUAUACCCGCAUCCUCAUCGAGAUCAGCCGUCAGAUGCACAAGGGCAAAGGUGGGGAGCCGUGCCUGAGGCGAAGUGGUGCUGACAUGAUCCCCAAGGCGCGAAUGAAGACCCUGAAGAUGACCAUCGUGAUCGUGGCGUCCUUCGUGAUAUGCUGGACGCCAUACUACCUCCUAGGCAUCUGGUACUGGUUCCAGCCAGCCAUGCUCCAGGAGACACCCGAGUACGUCCACCACGCCCUUUUCGUCUUCGGCAACCUUAACACAUGUUGCGACCCAGUGAUCUACGGCUUCUACACGCCCUCCUUCCGGGCCGAUCUGGCUGAUGUGGUUGCCUGCUGCUGCCGAUCGCAGAACAUCUCCCCGAGGUCCUUGGACCGCCUGGCGUGUCGGAGGGGCAGGGCAAGCAGAGAGGCAGAGUCUGACAAUCCCAGUGGCGACCAGCCAAGUGGAAACCUGGGGUAGAUAUCCGUGGGCCUCUUGUUCAACUGCAGUGUAAAAAAAAAUACAUAUGUUGAUUUAACGUACAAU